AUGGCAACAUCCAUGCCAGAGCAUUUCCAAACACCAACCCCCUGCCAGUUCAGCGGUGAGGCAUGCUCCACUGAGUCAAACCACUAUCGUAAAGUGAUUUCACAUAUUUUCGGGAGAAACAAGAAAUGUACAGUUGGUAUUCCGCACUAUGUAUGGAUAUACUACUGCCGGAAGCACUACCAACGUGCGCGCUACCGGACCGCAGAGUGGCCUUUCCGCCAGUGCGACCUGACCGUCGACACCAUCCAGAACAUGCGGGAGUGGGGUGGCGUGGAGAGCUUCAAUAUACAGCUCCGUCGACGAGAAACCCAACGCACGGGUCUGCAGGCCAACCUGAAUGCUGUUGGUGACCAAGUUCAGGAGAAGCAGGACGAGGACGACGACGACGACGACGAUGAUGAUGAUGACGACCAAGAUCAAGUCGAUCAGGGCAAAGACGAGGGCAUGCCGGACAUCAAGACAGAAGAGCAAGAGGCUGUUCAUACAUCUCCGAUCACGAGGCACGGGGGUUUUACCCCAAUCAACACCCCACAGGCCAGCCCUCCUGUGAAGAGGGAUUCGGAUACUGAAGACUACAAUGAGGAGGAGGAACUCCAAGCCACAGCGCAGACCGCUCGAACAGCACUACUCGCGAAAAAGAAACGCAGUCCAACUAUCAUCGCGCGCCCGGUCCCCGACUGGCUCGUCUGUCACGUCGGCAAGAACAAGACCUUCGACGAGAUCCUCGCCGUCCUACGCGACCUCCGCACCCACCUAACCCAAGUGGCCCAGCGAGACCAAAUCCCUCACUUUCCAGAUAUCGAAAUCCUGCCAAACCUACAUCCCCGUGCCGCCGCAACCCGUCGCCCCGUCCGUCGUGGUUCUCGUCCCACUAUUCGUCCCCGUCGUGACUCAGUUGAUGCCCCUGGAGCUGCUGUUAUCGCUGCCACUACAGCUUCUAUCUCCACCGAUCCAGACCCCGGCCCAUGUAUUUCCACUCGCACCAAACGCAGUGCUCCCCGUCUCACCCUUCAACCCCUCACUGCUCUCAGAGAAACAGCCAUCGCUCAGAAGACGCCUACAAUCGAAGCUCUCCCUAAGAUACACCACCGUGCAACUCGACCCAGCGUCCGACUACCCUCUGGACCCAGUGGUGUCCACGCCAGCACGGAAGUUGGCUGUGAUCAUGGUGACGACGAUGCAAGCAAUGAUUCCGUCAACUUCGCUAUUCGUCGCGCGGCUCGUGGAACCAAGAUGGCCGGCAAUCGGGGUCGGCGGUCCGUGAGGGUUUCUGAUCACGGUGCGGUGAAGAAGGUGGAGAAGGGAUAA